GUAUCUGUAAUCAAUCCAUAUCUUCUGUGUGUUGAACCCGAAGCCUUACUUUAUACGAUUCAUUUUGAUAUUGUCAAAUGCAUUAAGAAUUAGAGCUUUUUAUAGACACUAUCAAAUGUUAAAUAGUUAGCUUCUAGUAGAACCUGAACGCACCAGGAGCCUUCGUGGCUCAAUAAAGUUUUAUUUGAGUGACGUCAUUUGUGCUGCGUUGGUCUGGACGUGGCACCGACGAGGAGCUGCUUCCUCUCCGCCGACUCCCCCGUGUCUUCAGCGGCACUGACGAGCAGCUUCUCCCGGAUCCACCGGCUCGUGACCGCUGCUGUCUGGUUUGAAUCCUCCCGCAGCAUAACCGGGACAUCUUUUUUAAAAUGGGCUUGACUAUCUCCUCCUUGUUUACGAGGUUGUUCGGGAAGAAGCAGAUGAGGAUACUGAUGGUCGGUUUGGACGCUGCCGGUAAAACAACGAUCUUAUACAAGCUGAAGCUCGGAGAGAUAGUCACCACCAUCCCGACCAUCGGGUUCAAUGUGGAGACAGUCGAGUACAGAAACAUCUGUUUCACAGUUUGGGACGUAGGUGGUCAGGACAAGAUCCGUCCUCUAUGGAGACACUAUUUCCAGAACACACAGGGUCUGAUCUUUGUGGUCGACAGUAACGACAGAGAGCGAGUAGCAGAGUCUGCGGAGGAGCUCUCCAAGAUGAUCCAGGAGGAUGAGCUGAAGGAGGCGGUCCUUCUGGUUUUUGCCAACAAACAGGAUCUUCCAAAUGCGAUGGGAGUCAGUGAACUCACCGACAAACUGGGUCUGCACAGCCUCCGAAGCAGAACUUGGCAUGUGGAGGCCACCUGUGCCACUCAAGGUACAGGUCUGUACGAGGGUCUGGACUGGCUGUCCAACGAGCUGUCGAAGCGUUAGACCAGCUGACAGGAAGCAGCAGACUGAUGUCAUCGACUGAUUCCUGUGUACCAAGCGCAGAAGGAGCGUUUACCUGAAGUUCUUUUUUAUUUUAGUAUGUCUGUAGGAGGAAGUGAUGUUGUGGACUCUGAGCUCAUCCUCUUCUGUUCUUCCCGUUAACGCUCUUUUUUUCCUUGUCUUUUAAUCUGCAUGUUUUACAAUCAUGUGACAGGAAGUAAUGAAAAGGCGGGGUGGGGCUUUGACAGGGGAGAAUACCUGGAGGCAGGGCUUGGGACAGGUGACUGUAUGUGGGGCGGGACUGUAGAGUGACUCAUUCUUCUGAACCUGAACGCCUCGUCAUUCCUUUACAAUGUGAAGAAGCAGCGAGACGACCGUGAUGCAAUAAAUGGAUUUCUUUUCUUCUCAGUUUGACAGAUUUGUUUUUAUAGAAACUGAAGGUGCAAAAAUUAUUUAUUAAAUGUUUUUCUUUUGA